CGAUUGCUGAAAAGUCAACUUUUUCAAGGUCCAGUAUAUAUCAAGACAACGAAUCUUUCAGAAGAAAUUCAUUAUAUAUGAAUUUAAUAUGAGUUUAAAAAAACCAGCGAUAUUUUUCCCGAGAGCAUAUAUAUUAAUCUAUGCUCCCGACAGAAAAAAUAAAGCUACUUUUUUACGUGACCUUGCGAACGACCUCUAAAAUGGACUGUGAUCAAGAGUCAACCCGUUCUUAGCUCUCCUUUCGUGUACAUAACCCCGUUUCUCGCUGUUGGUCAAUUCCUUUCAGACCAAUUCUAUCUCCACCAAUUGGUGUGACGUUUCUCAUAGGCCAAAAGUAUCAUUGUGGCACAACUAAGCCAACUGACACGAUAUUUCAACGAAAAAUUCUCUCAUUAUUCUCCCUUAUUGAACCGUACAUUUCUCAAUUGAAAAAAAGUAACUAAGGUAGUAAACAAAAAACUUGAAAUACAAUAGUUGGAUAAAUAAAUAGAAUGUUAAGAACGACAACAACGAAUCUUCGCUAUGAGUUGGCUCGAUUGACAAUACGUAAUUCCACUCGGAUUAACACCGUUCGAUGCAUGACACAAUGUCUUCACAGAAAAUUAUUACAGAGGUAUCGGAGUCAAUUAACCAAACACCAACAAACAACCUCUGCUCCAUGGAUGCAACAACUGAGAUAUUAUUCGGAUUAUCCCGAUCAUGUAAAAGUUACUCUCCCUGCUCUAUCUCCGACUAUGGAAACUGGCACAAUCAUCAGUUGGCAGAAAAAAGAAGGUGACAAACUCAAUGAGGGUGAUCUUCUGGCUGAAAUAGAAACGGACAAGGCAACAAUGGGUUUUGAGACGCCAGAAGAAGGUUACUUGGCAAAGAUAAUCAUUCCAGCGGGUACAAAAAAUGUUGGGAUCGGUCAGCUAGUCUGUAUAAUAGUAGAAAGUGAAGCCAGUGUGCCUGCGUUCAUGAAUUUCAAGGAUACGGCUAUGUCAGCAGCUCCAGCGAAAUCGGCAGUUUCAGCAACGCCUGCACCCCCUGAUACACUUCUAAGUCCACCAGUAGCCUCGUCCCCGGUCAUAAAUUCGGCUGGAAAAAGUGUUUUUGCAAGUCCACUUGCGAAAAAACUUGCAGUGGAACAGGGUCUGAAUUUGCAAGGUCUUGCAGGUUCUGGUCUUUUUGCUUCUAUUACAUCCAAAGAUCUGACCAGUGCCUCUGCAGCUUCUCCUGGCCCUGGCAGUCCUGUUUCAACAUCGUCCAUUGAUUUUUUGGGCAGGCAGGACAUUACUGUUUCUUCUAUUCGCGCCGUUAUCGCUAAACGUCUGAGCGAAAGCAAACAAACGAUUCCUCACUAUUAUCUCACUGUCGAUAUCAAAAUGGAUGCCGCACUUGCUAUGAGAGCACAAUUCAACAAAAUGCUAGAAAAGGACAAAGUUAAACUCAGCGUCAAUGAUAUUAUUAUUAAAGGAAUGGCAAUGGCGUGCAAAAAAGUUCCUGAGGGUAAUAGCGCUUGGCUCGGUGAUGUAAUUAGACAAUACGACCACGUGGAUGUGAGCGUUGCCGUUAGCACAGACAAUGGUUUAAUAACGCCUAUUAUCUUUGCCGCAAAUACUAAAGGAAUAGUCGAAAUAAGCAAAGAUGUAAAAGAAUUGGCAGCACGAGCAAGAGAAGGAAAACUCCAACCACAAGAGUUUCAGGGUGGAACGAUAACAGUCUCAAACUUGGGAAUGUUCGGUAUUAAGAGUUUUUCAGCGAUCAUCAAUCCACCUCAAUCAAUUAUUCUCGCUGUUGGUGGAACUGAGACAAGGCUGAUACCGGCCGACAAUGAAAAAGGAUUCACCACUGCCCAAUUUAUGACCGUUACAGCGAGCUUAGAUCAUCGUACCAUCGAUGGUGCCGUCGGAGCACAGUGGCUCGCAUCAUUUAAAAAUCUUCUUGAAAACCCGACGACAAUGUUAUUAUAAAUAAGUGUGCUUCAUGAUGCAAAAGUGAAUUUGAGUCAAAUUAGUAAAAUUGAUUCUUUUAUAAUACGAUAAAGAAACCAGAGUGCCGAAAAGACUUACCCUCCGAUAACGUCACGAAGAAUCUCCUAAAUACUAUUAAAAAAAAAUCGCAACCUACUACUUUUUCGAUAAAACUUGUAUAUGUUCGAGUAUUGUUCGAGUUGUAUUGUAUCGAGUAUCAAUCUCUAAAGAAGUAGAACGAGAAGGGGUGAAAACAUUGUGUUUCUCGAACACUUUUCCCAUCUCGGAACUGGAUAUUCGGGUUUCGUGAUUUGAAUUUUCAAGGAAUAAAAUGUCUAUAUUUUUCUUGUUA